AUGCAAGGCGCUCCGCGCCGCUACUCCGUCCUGUACGGCGAAAUUGUAGAGAUACCCGAGCUUGCUAAGUUCCGAAGACACCUGGACCUGUGGACUUGGAUACUUUACAACGAAACGGGGGAGAUUGAUAAGCAACGGCGGGAGUGUGAUGAACUUAUUGAGACGAUUGGCGCGGAAAAUCCAGCCUGGACCGUUCGCACACUCACGGACUAUCACCAGGCCUAUUAUUUGCACGAUUAUCCGGUCUUGAGGUCCAAGAUUGAGGAUUUAAGAACCUCGGUCCGGCGAUACAGCGAGGAUCUCUGUCUCGCAACCCGUGUUGCCAACUUGCCCCAUCAGUCCGACGUCUAUGCUCGACAUUUCGCUGCCCGAGAAACUUUGUUCGAGAAUGGUCUUUUUGGGCCAACCAAGGAGAAGUCCGCCAUGUAUACCCAGGUUCCGUCGCAUGCGGAUACAUGUUCCUUCAAAGACGGAGACCUGGAUGAGCUGGACAUGUUGACCGCUUUCGUCAUUCGGCACCUCGAAUCAGUCAACAUGUACGUGACCCAGUUGAUCGCUCGGGUCCUACGACAACGUUCCCUUGAGGAUGGCGUUGCAUCUCAGCAGUACCUUGAGCUUGGCAAGAUACAAACGAUCGUUAAUAUACUUACCGGGAUAUGCGUACCAGUAUUCUUAGCGAUAUGCUUGGGAAUUCUGAGCUGCAUCGGAUCCGAGAAGACGCGCAUCGUCAUGCUCGGCGUGCUUGGUAUUCUACUUGCGCUCCUCAUGGUUGUGUGUGUCCCGGUGCCGAAGCGUAGCGACAUGUUCGCGAUUACGGCAGCCUUCUUCGCUGUGGGAGGCAUCUUCAUCGGAGCGAAGCAUGAAAGCGAUUGA